AUGAGAGCUUAACCUCAAAUGUCACAAAGUGCCUAAGACGAUAUUAAAAUGUCCUUACGCACUCUCUUAUUGCGACAAUUACCCAGAACUUUUUACCAUACUUACAGACACCAUCCCGUUGUGCCAACAUUACAACCACCCCCACAUAACCUCAAUCUGUGCCCCAAACGAUUUAAACACAAAGCAAUAAAGUGUUGGCAGUGUGGAAUCGAACGCAAAAACCCUGGUGAACUCUUUUGUGAACAGUGCAGUUUUAUACAAUCUCCUCCAGAGAAAGACAAUUAUUUUAAAGUAUUUGAACUUGAGGAAAAAUUUGCUAUUGAUCAGAAGCUUCUCACGUCGAAAUACCGUCAAAUGCAGAGUGUUUUACACCCCGAUAAGUUUUCAAACAAGUCAGACACUGAGAAGGAUAUUUCAGCUGAAUUUUCAUCUCUUGUUAAUAAAGCUUACAACACCUUACAAACACCUCUUAAACGUGCAAUACACUUAUUACAUCUUAAAGGAGGGGUGAUUGAAGAAGAUCAACGAGUGGAAGAUCCAGAAUUUUUAAUGGAAAUAAUGAAAUUAAAUGAAGAAGUCGAAAAUGCUGAUUCUGACGAUAAAUUGAAGAAACUGAAACUGAAAAACGACUCAGAACUUGCUAAAAUCGCAGACGAAAUUAACAAGUGUUUCGAGACCAAUGAAAUAAACAAAGCGAAGGAAAAUAUAAUUAAAAUGAAAUAUUUUAACAGUGUUAGUCUGCAUAUAAACAAUUUAAUCCGAGAAAAGGGAAUCACCGAAUAAUUUGUGAUCUCGUCCUUGCUUUAGCUCCUAGUUUCGUUAAGUUGGUAGUUUUGUCACGAAAUUGUCAAUUGUCAAUAAUUUUUUCCAAAGAAAAAAAAAGUUGUUUUUGUCGAUUUCUUGUGGCAAUUGAGCAACAAUGGUUAAGC